GGCAGUGUCCGCGGGUACCCCACCGGCGGUCGCGUCGCGUCGUGUCGGCUGUGACAACCGCGCACUCACACCAUGGCGACGCUGGGGACGCUCAAAAGGGGCAGCGUGCAGAUCCAGAGGGCCGCCAUCAAGGCCACAGGCCGGAUCGCGGCGCGCCACCUGAUGGAGUGGCUGGUGGCGUGGGCGGUGGUGCUGGUGGGCGUGCUGGAGCACAGCGCCACCUCGCAGCUGCUGGCGCCUCGUCCGCCGCUCUCCCCGGAGGAGUUCGCCGAGCUGGUGGCCAACACGAGCUACGUCAGCCGCUACUGCCGAGCCACACCCACCGCAGCCGCCGACGUCAACUUUACGACAGACGUGCCGCCCGAAAAUGACACAGAGGUGACCACGCUGCCCACGAUGAGCACAUUGCCGACCGCAUCGUCGGAGGAGGCGGACUCGGAACCCGAGUACGAGGAGGACGCGGGGGCGGAGAUGGGGGCGGAGGAGCCGCUGCUGGCGUCGCUGACCGCCGUGGCGCCCUCUGUCGGCGUCCGCGCCUUCCGCGGCGUCGGCAGCAACCAUAGUGGCCUCGCCAUCGGGGCGGUGCACGGCCGCCAUGUUGUCAUCGAGCCGGACCUCAAGGUGCCGCUGUCGGAGCCGGAGCGCGCGGCGUGGCGGCUGCGCGAGGCGUGGCUGUGCGGCGGCGCGCUGUCUCCGCUGCCCGCGGCUCUGCUGUCCUCGCGGCUGGGGCCGUCCCGCGUGGCUGGCGCCGCGCUGCUCGCCGCGGGCCUGCUGCAGCCGCUGACGCCGCUCGCCUGGCUCACCGCCUACCACUGGCUGCUCUGCGCCGCACAGGGCUUCGCCGUGGGCGCUGUGUGGCCUUCCCUACACGCCCUGGGUGCUGCCUGGUACCCUCCUCUUCAGCGCACCGGAUACAUCGCUCUCUAUUCCAGUGCGGCGCUGGGCCCGGUGCUGGCGUCUUGUCUGGGGUGGUGGCUGGGCCGCGACGGGCUGGGCUACGCGCUGUCGCUGUCGUCGCUGCUGUGGUUCCUGGCCUGGCAGCAGAUGGUGCGCGACCGCCCGCACCAGCACCCCAGACUCUCGCCCGACCAGUGCUCCAGCCUCGCUGCCGCCAUCGGACCUUCCUUCUCCAGCGGACCACCGCCGGCCGUGCCGUGGCGUCGCCUGCUGACGUCGGGGCCGGUCUGGGCGUGUGCUACCGCCGUGGCCGGCAGUCUGUGGGGGCGCGCCGCGCUCCUGCUCGCAGCCACCAAGUACCUGCGACACGUGUACGGCUUCGCCCUCACCUAUGACCGCGUGCUGUCGGUGCUGCCACACGUGGGACACGUGGCGACAGCGGUGCUGCUGGCCGGCCUGGUGGACAAGGCGCGCGCGCAGUCGCUCGUCUCCACCACCACGGCACGGCGUCUCAUCGUCUACAUUGCGCACCUGCCGGCCAGCGCGUUGCUGUUCGUGCUGGGCUACAGUGGCUGCGACCCCGCCGUGCCAGCAGCCCUGUACACGGCCGCCGUCGUCGUCACGGGAGCCACCCCCGCUGGCGCCACCGCCAGUUGCAUGGACCUGGCGCCCAACUUCGCAGGCGUGGUGCUGGCGGUCAGCCAGACGGUGGGCGCCGCGUCCUCACUGGCUGCCGCAUACGUCGUCAGCGAGGGGCUCCACGGGUCGCUACCUGGCUCUUGGCGGAUGGUGUUUGGCGUGUCAGCGCUGGUGCUCACAUUCACGGGCAUCAUCUUCAUGGCGCUGGGCAGCGGCAGCGUGCAGCCAUGGAACUUCGUAGCGAGCGACAUGCAGCACCGGCAGCAGGCGCAGGCGUCGCCCUCUGUGCCGGCCACGCCGUCCCCUCGUCAGCAGCAGCCGCGGGAACAGCAACAGCAGCAGCAGCAACAACAACAACAGCAACAGCAGCAGCAGCAGCAGCAACAACAACAGCAACAGCCGCAGCAGCAGCAGCAGCAGCAACACACCGAGUCAGCGCCGCAGCCGCUAGAGGUCUCCACCAUGAUGAUCGCGCCGGCCACCGGUGGCUGCAUCGUCUGAGUGCGGCGUCAGCCGUGAACCCGCCGUCCAUCGCUCCCAUGCCCUGUGACGCAUCAUUUACACUUCAGUGGAUAGCUGUUAAUGGUAAUAUCUCUGGCGUUUUCAGUCAGUCGUAAGUCUGCAAAUGCGUGCAGGUCACGACAGCCUCAGGACAGACUGGAAAAGCCAAACUAGAGACCAUUAACAGCUGUCCACUGUAGUUGGCUCUAUGCGCCACGGGGUUACUGUACUGAAUGUUCUGAUAACAAAUAAAGCACUGCUAUGUGAUUUUUGAGAGGUUUCUGGAGUGAUCGAUACAAGGCGCAUUGUCGAGUUAGCGGACGUGUUUGACAUUGUCUUUAUUGUCUUUGGCACAUGGGGCAUGCAAAACUCUUACUAGUUGCGUUACAGGUUGGCCCUACGUCAGUGCCCGGAUAUAAAUUUAAUAAAGCAGUAUGACGAAAUUACUGGAAAAAAACGGAACUACCGCCUUUAAAAAUUAGAGGAUUUUCGAGUGCAGUUAGGUGACCACAUUAACGUAGUUGCAGAUGUCCGAGUACAUUGCGCGAAACUAGUCGUAUUUUCUCUGGUUCAAAUCUCACUAGUAGUAACGUUCACUUAUAAUCUUUUUUAAAAAUUUUGUGUUUGUUAACAAAUGAAAACGUUAAAUAAAAAUAUUGAACACAAAAUUGUAAUAAAAAUUUCAUCGUUGUAUUUUUCAUUGCUGGUCGUAUGAAAAUAAAUUAAAAUUUGAUGCAGAU